CGAUCGGCUAACUUCGGCUUAUGUCGUACAAGAUCGUAAAACUAAACAUAACAUGUAAAUCUUCUCAAAUUUACAAAAACACAUUAUAUAAAUUAUAUUCAAUAAAUAUUAAAAGAAAUGAAUUGAAUAUUAAAUAAACAAAAUUUAAAAAAAUAAAGGUAACGCAUACGAGAAUUCUCGAGAUUGUCAACUUCCGUAAUGGCGCCUGUAAACAGAAGACGGAACAAACUCGGGCAGUUCAAAAGUCAGCUGAGAAUCAAGGCAAGGGAUAGCGAAAAAGCGAGCAACAAUGUGAUCGAGGAACACGAUUAUACAUCUGCACAUAUGUGUUUAGGUUUUAACGGGUGUAAUGUGUGUUGUCCCGGGCUAAAUAAGUUGAAUGCGGCGAGGAAAAUCAGUACGAAUGAUCUGAUAUUGAAAGGUCGACGUAUUGUAGAAUUUAUGGUUCUCAUUGAAGGUCUUUCGAACUGUGCGAAAUGUUUGUGUGGUCCUUUAUAUCUAUCUCUACAAACUGUGAAAGCAGAAAUGAAAGUGGGGCUUGCGGGAUAUGUAUAUGUACAGUGUACAUACUGCGGUAAUGUGAAAAGAGUACCUUAUGGGAAAAAACAGAAGAAGGUGACAGGCCAGAGAGGAAUGCCCAGCUUCUGUGUAAAUACAAAGCUCGGUGCAGCAAUGAUUGAUUCAGUUGGUGGUCCACAGAGAAUGAACAAUUUUCUUGCAACACUCAAUCUACCAACAGUUAAUAAUAAAAAUCUGAAAGUUAUGGAACGCAGAGCUGGUGAGAUGAUUGAGAAAUUUGCAGAUGAGAAUAUGGCAAAUGAAAGUCAAAAAGCAUUCAGAGAUGAAAUGAGAGAAGUUGCAGCACAGGAGAUGGAUUCAAAUGCAGAUUCUUUUGAUAAGGAACUUGGUGUGGCAAUAAUUGAAGAUGAAUUUAAAGGAGAUCCAUCACUAAUUGAAAAGUGUAAUUCAGGAGCAUUUGAUCUACUGACUGAGAGUAAUAGCUCAUCCCCUCAACCUCCUGCCAAAACCAUGCCAGUAGAGAAACAUGUUGGUGUUUUAAACAGACCUGCAUCCACCAAAUCAAAAAAAAAAAUUAUAUUCCCCUCAAAGGCCCGAUCAGGAAUGACUGUAGCAGCUGAUCAUGCCUGGCAAAAGAGAGGUUAUGACAGCUUAACAGGACACACCUUCCUGAUAAGUAAAAGGAACAAAGUAUUAAAGACAGUCAUCAAGCAUCGCUCCUGUGCAACCUGUAAAUGGUGGAAAAGAAAUAGGCCAGGUCAGAGAAUAAGGUCUCAUAGAUGUGUUUGGAACCACAACGGAAGUGCUAGAAUGAUGGAGAGUGAGGCUGGACUGCUUGCAUUGAAAGAAAUGUCAAGUCAAGACAUUUGUCAGCAAUGGCCUAUCUCCUGGACACUUCUGUGAUUCGUAUGCAGAGAAGAUGGAUGCUGACAGAAUGAAGAGAAAGGAUCGGGCCAGAUUACCAGAGAGCAAAAGAAGAAGACUAUUUUUGAAGGAAGAGAGGUCUACCUCGAAGGGAGGAAAUGAAGCAAUUGAA